UUUUAAUUACAGAAAAAUUAUCAUUUUUAUCCUCUGAAUAAAUUAGGACAGAAAAAGAGAAGAGAGAGAAAGAGAGGAAGGGUGGAGGUGAGAGAUUGAGCAUUAGAGAGAGAAAUUGAAAUCUGAUGUUCGAAUGUUUUGCAAUCAAAAAUCUGACACUUUCAUAGAUUUCUCCUAACCCUAAUUUUCCUCCAUAAUAAUACUAUUAUUGGAUCAUCUACAAUCAAUCAUCAAAGAUUGUCAAUCAAAUUCUUGCUUUAAUGAAGGAGUAAUUCGACCUAGAUUUUUGUUGCUCUUUAAUUUUGACUUAUUAGGGAAAGGAGAAAUACAAUAAGAGUAGAGACAAAGCGACGAUGAAUGGCGGUGAUGGUGGUGGUGGUGGCGGAGAAGCUUCUGGUGUGGGGCCACCUCCAUCUCCGUUGGACUGGAAAUUUUCUCAAGUUUUCGGUGAAAGGGCAGCUGGUGAAGAAGUUCAAGAAGUUGAUAUCAUUUCAGCAAUUGAGUUUGAUAAAUCUGGAGACCAUUUAGCUACUGGUGAUCGUGGGGGCAGGGUGGUUUUAUUUGAGAGGACAGACACAAAGGAUCAUGGUGUUAGUAGAAGGGACCUGGAGAAGAUAGAUUAUUCAAUUGGUAGGCAUCCUGAGUUCCGUUACAAAACAGAGUUUCAGAGUCAUGAGCCUGAGUUUGACUAUCUAAAGAGUUUGGAAAUAGAGGAGAAAAUCAACAAAAUCAGAUGGUGCCAAACUGCUAACAGUGCAUUGUUUCUUUUGUCUACCAAUGAUAAGACUAUUAAAUUUUGGAAGGUCCAAGAAAAGAAGGUCAAGAAGAUAAGUGACAUGAAUAUGGACGCUUCCAAAGGUGCAGGAAAUGGUUCUGUUGCUAGUACAAGUAUUUCAAGCAGUUCCAAACAGCAUCUUGAGAAUGGAGGUUAUCCUGACAAAUUAUCCAGCUCCUUAAAUAAUGACCUCUCAUUCCCCCCAGGAGGGAUCUCAUCUCUGCGUUUACCAGUGGUUACAAGUCAUGAGACUAGCCUUCUUGCUCGAUGUAGAAGAGUGUAUGCUCAUGCUCAUGACUACCACAUAAAUUCCAUAUCGAACAACAGUGAUGGAGAGACUUUUAUUUCAGCAGAUGACUUGCGGAUAAAUCUUUGGAACUUGGAAAUCAGCAACCAGAGUUUCAAUAUUGUUGAUGUAAAACCCCAGAAUAUGGAGGAUCUGACUGAGGUUAUCACGUCAGCUGAGUUUCACCCCUCUCAUUGUAAUACUUUGGCAUAUAGUAGUUCAAAGGGAUCAAUCCGCCUCAUUGAUUUGCGGCAAUCAGCAUUAUGUGAUAGUCAUGCAAAGUUGUUUGAGGAACAGGAAGCACCCGGUUCAAAAUCCUUUUUCACUGAGAUAAUUGCCUCCAUUUCAGAUAUUAAAUUUGCCAAUGAUGGACGACAUAUACUUAGUCGUGACUACAUGACUCUUAAGUUAUGGGAUAUCAAUAUGGAUUCAGGUCCUGUUGCAACCUUUCAGGUCCACGAAUAUUUGAGACCUAAGCUGUGUGACUUAUAUGAAAACGAUUCGAUCUUUGAUAAAUUUGAGUGUUGUCUAAGUGGUGAUGGGAUGCGAGUGGCAACUGGUUCUUACAGCAAUCUAUUUCGCGUGUUUGGUUGUGCUCCUGGAAGUACGGAGGCCUCUACUUUGGAGGCCAGCAAAAAUCCCAUGAGAAGGCAAGUGCAAACCUCGUCAAGAACCCCUGGGCCGUUGAGCACCUUCACACGUGUUGUUAGACGAGGAUCCGAGAGUCCCGGUGUUGAUUCGAAUGGAAAUUCUUUCGACUUUACCACAAAAUUGCUCCACCUGGCUUGGCACCCAUCAGAAAACUCAAUUGCUUGUGCCGCUGCAAACAGUUUGUACAUGUAUUACGCAUAAACGGAAGAAGAUAUAUUGUUGUUUGACUUUUUUGGGGGUUGAUAUUCGAGAAGGGCAGCAGGCUGUUUUCCCCUCACAGCAUCAACAGUUAAAUGUAAUUGGCCUGUUUGCCUUAUGGCAACUCGAAAGCGCCUCUUGAACCUGCAGCUGCUGUUACAGAAUCAGUAGAUGAAGCAAAGCUGUCUUCAAUUUUUCAGGUCGCCGCUCUGAUUAUUUCAUAACCAAUGCCGACAGAUUCGUUUUUGUUUAUUAUUUGUAGCCUUGGCAGCAGCUGCAAAAAAGAUAGGUGCAGCUCUGUUCUCUACUAUGUGUUAGGAUGAAGCCUGGGGAAACUUGUGAUUGUAGCUCUCCUACAACUAAAACCUAAAAUGGAUGUUUCAUAUUGCCACUAGAAGUGUAAGAUGAAUGUAGCCUUUCUUUCUUUCUUUCUUUCUUUCUUUCUUUCUGUUUCUCCCCUUUUUUGACCUCAAAUGUUGGUGAGAAAGGAGCUGUUAAACAUCUAAUGAAUUGAUUUAUUUAUUUCUUUUUUAUGA